AUGUUCGUGAUGCUUGAGGCUAAGGACGAGACGAUGCUUCUGGCAGCAUUGCGAGAGCUAGAGGCUGCGCCCGCAGUGCCUCUUCUGCAGCUGCUGCAACGGCCUGCACUAUUGAAGCGCUUGCAGGAGGCGAAUGUCGCAGCCGCCUGCAGCCUCCGCCGCCGCGCCGCCGACGCCUUCCGCGCCGCACUGGCGCAGCUGCGGCGCCGCGCGGUAGAGGUCCUGACAGUCCUUGGAGCUGAGCUUGCCCAGGAGCUGGAGGCGGCGCUGUUCUUGCAGCUGAGUCCGCUGGAAGCCUGGGCCGGGGACUUUGUCAAAGACCCAGAGGAGACUCUGCAUGUGCGCCGUUGUCGGGGCCUGCUGUGGACCGCGAGGUUGGGCACAUCGUCAGCUUGCCCUGCAGAGCAAGCUGCGGAGCUUCUGCGACGGUUUCCACCGCCGCCGCCGGCGCCAGAGGCGCAAGUUGGAGAGUGUGAAGCAGAGGAGGAAGCUCAGGAAGGGGAAGCAGACGGUGCAGAUGCAGCCCAGGGUGAUGAUGACAUUGAAGACUUCGAAGAUGACGCAUCUGCUUCGUUGAUGCCUCCGAUCCAGCUCUCCAUGGCAGGUUCAGGAAGAAGCGAUGCACCAGCGCAGCUUCCAUUGCAAGCCAGCGGCUGGCCAGAAGGCAAGAACCCUUCAUGUUCGCGCCCUCCAGCUGAAGCCAAAAAUUGGCCACAAGGCAAUCUGCGCCCGCCAGCUGAAGCCAACGACUGGCCACAAGGCAUCGCCCCGGAGCCGGGAGCUGUUCCGCUCACCUUCUUGGCAGGCUGCAAAGUUGAACCGCCACAAGGCGAGAAGCGCGCGGGAAGCAAAGAAGAAAUGUGUGAUGAGGAGCUGCCGCCGAAAGGAGCUCCAGCCGAUGUCAGAGAGGAGGAGCCGCUGGCCUUGAAGGCUCCAAGGCGAGGGCGGGCACAGGUGCUGGCGGAGAUCCAGCGGAUUCUGCAGGUUUCUGAGAGCAUGCCUCGCUGGGGCUACGAGGUUCUGGGCCUCUUGGCCGGUGCGGACGAGAGCGCUGCGGCCAAGGCCUUCCGGUUCCUUGCGCGUCAGAUCCACCCAGAUGGACGUCCACCCUUGCGCGAAGAGGACGAGCUGCGCUGCCAUGAGGCCCUCGCGAAGCUGCAGCGCGCCAAGGCGGCGGCCUCCGCGCGCCCGGCGCGCCCGGCGCGCCCGGCGCUGCGGGUGGAGGCUGCCGAGGGCGCCUGGCAGCUCCGGUGGAAGGGCAGCGGCGCGGACCGUUAUGAGCUGCGGGUGCAGGACGGGAAGUUCAUGAUGACCGUCCUGGCACUGGAGGCGCCCUGCCAAAGCUACGAGCUGCAGAUGGCACAGCUGCCUUUGUGCCUGCAGGGCCGGCUGCGCGCCAGCGGGCGCCUGGCACUCCGCGUGGCAGCGGUGGGCCCCGGUGGCAGUGCGCUCAGCGAAGAGGCGGUGGGCAAGAAGGUGCUGGGCUUCCUUCAGGGCUUCGACUGCUUUGUUUGCCGGCCGCCCUCUUCAGAGGUGUGUUUCUCUGGCCUGAGCUUGCCGAAGGACAAUUCUUCCCUUCUUGACCCGGAGAAAGCUACGGAGUCAGCAGAGGCGUUCAUCGACCUGGAGCCCAAAGUGAAGGCAAGGCAAGCGGAGAGGGAUGACCAUCACGUCUACUCCAUGACUGACGAUGAGCAUGAAGAGUCCAAGGACCUGGCCAAGGAGUACGAGGAUCCUUGGCUGUGA